GGCCGUGGGAUGGAUAUCGAUUUUCUCGCUAUCCGACCGAACACUUAACGGGCGGCGUGUGCAUGUGAAAAAUAAUUGUUUCCGACGUCCAAACGGCAAACAAUAUCGUCCGUCGCACUCGCAGAAGAUACAAAUAAAUAAAUGUGACGUAUACACAAUCAGCGCCCGCGGACGAGAGUAACACGAGACGUUUGCUCAAGAAAAUAACUCGGACUUGUGUAUAUUUUUAUUGUUAUAGUAGUCGAGUAGUCGAGUGGUUGAUAAUUUUACUUUUGAAGACGAAAAAACUCCGUCAUAUGAUAUGGCAUGGAAAUUGUUGUUAGUCGUUUACAAUUUCAUUGUACUGGCGCACUGCGUUGACUGGUCGGGAAAAAUCUACCAGACAAACGCGGCUCUAGAAAAAGAAAACCUAAUGUUUUGCUACGAAUGCAAUACAAUGGUGAACGGGAAAAGCUGUAGCAAUUUCACGGACAAGGAAGAGUAUUCGAGGUUUUCCACGAAAUGCAUAGGAGAUAGAAGAACAUGCAUGGUGAAACGAUACUCGUACACGACGAGCAACGAAAGCACAACUUCCGGCCAACAGCUAUGGUCACUCGAACGCAACUGUUCGGCCAAAUGCGAAGACGGGUGCAUCGUGAUCGGCGAACGGAUCAAGAUCUACGCGUGCCAGGCGUGUUGUGAGUCGCCACUGUGCAACGUGUCCAACGGAUCCCAUCGUCGGCCCGCAGCUCCUUCGCCGGUCGUGUGUCUGGUGUUUAUGUUCUUGCUCUUGAGAACUGUCGUGGGUCAGCUGCCGUUACAGCCGUCAAAACGACCGUCCGUCACUCACACGUCGACUUCCGUUUCCGCCUCGUCCGAUCCCUUCCACUCGUCGUCGGACGCUAGGUUCACCACAAAAUUCAAUAAACAUUUUUUAAUUUUAUCGUCGAGCUAUCACCUCGCGGUGUAUCGUCGGUAAUUUUUUUCUUCUCAAAUAUAUAAAUCACCGAUUUUUUAUCGUUUAUCGUAUAAAUAUAAUAUAUUGUUAAAAAAUUGUACCUGUGUAGCGCCGUAGUGGUUCGUGCCUACCCAUACGGAUUUACAUAUAGGUACAAAAUAUAUUAUGCAAUAAUACAUCGUAUAAUGAGACGAUUUAGAGGCGCCGAAAUACUGAUGAAUCACUAUCCAUCCUCCGUAAAUCAAUUUAAUCUACCUUUAAUUUAACUGAUUAACACUGAAACUUUUAUGUCGAAUAACGAUCACCACUAUACCAUAAUAUUAUAUUAUCACAUGCUACAAGUCAUAGAUAAAACUUAUUAUUUUCAGCGCCUCUGUAUUAUAUAUUAUACGGUUUUGAUAAAUAUUUUUCGAUUAACGGUGCAAAACUGAACGAUAAAUUAUUGCCCAUUUUCCAUCGGUACUUAUCUACCUUUAACAUAUUAUAUUAUUAUACAAUAAAUAUUACUUUUCUUUUUU